GAGGGAGGGAGGGAAAGGGUGAAAAUGCGGCACUGGGCGGGGCGGACAGACAGCAGAGGGACUCCGUGACUAUCGUGAUUGAUACUCCGAGUGAAAGUGACCACGAGGAGUGCGGCUCCGUUUGGGCACUAGUUAGCCGGACGGGGAAUGGAAAAACUGGGAUGAAUCCCCAAACGUUAAUCUCUGCGUGAGUUUGUCGCGAUAAUCUAUUUGCAGGCGUCCCGCGGGGUUAGAUCUGACCGAGGUUUGUAGGAAAAGAAGGUUGAGGUCUGGAUCAGUGGCGGAGGUUCCGUGAUGUGGAUUGCGGGCCAGCCUACGCAGGAGCCGGAAGAGAAGAAUGCUGUUGUGUGCAUCGAAUGGAAGAGUUUCGCAGUUGAGACGAGGUCAUGAGAGAUUUGUGAGAGUGGUAGUGUGUGUGUGUGUGCAGAACGUGGAUAGAGUGGUCUGGAACAGAGAGGUUGAGAGAGCGAGAAGGGAUGGAAGUGGAGGCAUGUUAAUUGUAUUGGCGUUUCGGGGGUGGAUUGGAGUUGUACGGGCGUGCGUAUCGGUUGGACGAUUGAUUAAUGCGUAGGAGAAUCGCGUAAUGCAGGUCGUUGGGAACAAUGACUCGCGUAUGCGUGGUCGAGUAACUACCUGUUGCAUUUUCGACCAAACUCAGCGGUACAGCAUUGUCCUGAGAUGUCUGCGGUUUGUGUCCUGCCAAUAGACUGUACUUUCUUCCCAUUUUGCGCAUUUCGUUGCCGGACGCCGAAUUGGAAGCCUGGUGCGUGCGAUUUGGCGGCCAGUCUGGGUGAUGCUAUAGUGCGGUCUGGGGAACUGCGGAAGGCUAUUUCCUGUGAUCGAAUGUUCUUUGGAGGUUCUCACUUAGAUCAGAUCCCAUCAUCCUACGCGUGGAGCAUGUCUGGGCAAUGCAGGGCCAGCUGCCAGGAAAUAGAAGUGGAUUGUGCGUUGUUUCAAGCUUCUUCGAUGCAGUACACGAGUUAGGAUGUUGAUUGAUACCAUUUUUUUCCUAUGGAGGUUGGAUCGCCUUGGGUCUGAAUUCUGGAAUGACCAAGUGACGCUCAAAUUCCAACCCCCCUACUUCUCUGUUUACUACACCGACGGCCUGUAAAGAAGAUACAUAUAUUUUUGACUUUCCAUUAUCGGGUCCCAUUCCUCCUGGACUCCAAGCGCCGUUCAAGGCGAAUCCUGCCAUUUUCGCCUUCAUUUCAGACCAGACUGAUGUCCGCGAGGAUUCAACAUGGCAAACCUCCUUUUGAAGUUCGCAUUUUAACAACUCGUUGAUUUUAAACAGCGACGUGUGUUAUAUCGUCGCAAGGAAUGGCAUUUCUUCUGUGAAACUUUCUUUUUUGGAGUUGGAUAACUGCGAAGGAUAGGUACUGAGAAUCUAUUACAGUCCAUGGACCAGAAUUUCCUGGAAGUUUUUCGAAAGUAGAGUUGACAUGUGUCAAACAGUGAUGCGGAGCAUUCAGCCACCCGAAUCUAAACAGGCAACUACCCUGCAGGUAGCUGUAAGAUGCCGUCCGCUUACAGCCAAAGAGAGGCUGAAGAGUCGUGACAUUCUUCGGGUUGUCGAUGAUAAGGUGGUAGUGGUGCUGGACCCAGACACUACCAAGGAUUAUCUCGAUCGCGUGCAGAAUCGAAGCAAAGAAAAAAAGUAUACGUAUGAUGUUGCUUUUAGUCCAGAGGCGAAAAAUGCGGAUGUUUAUAAUGUAACGGCAAGUGGAAUCGUUGAGGGGGUUGUGAGGGGUCUCAAUGCAACUAUUUUUGCUUAUGGGGCCACAGGAAGCGGUAAGACGCACACAAUGGCGGGUACACCAGACGAUCCAGGUCUUAUGGUUCUGAGUUUACAGUCCAUAUUCGCGCUCAUCUCCAAGCAGGAAGCUGAGUAUGAGUUUGAGGUCACUUGCUCCUACCUUGAGGUCUACAACGAGGUCAUAUAUGACUUACUGGAAAGAUCGUCCGGACACCUGGAGCUCCGUGAGGAUCCCGAUCAGGGCAUCACUGUCGCUGGUCUUAAGCGCAUAAAGGUCAGCUCUGCGGAAAAGAUUUUGGAACUCCUAACUCAAGGUAAUAAUCGGCGAAAAACCGAAAGCACCGAUGCUAACGCCACAUCAUCUCGAUCUCAUGCUGUGUUGGAGAUUAUUGUCAAGAGAACCCAGCGGAAUCAGUAUCGAGCACAGACGCUUCGCGGGAAGCUUGCGCUGGUGGACUUGGCCGGCAGUGAAAGAGCUUCAGAGACGAAUAAUGCCGGACAGAAACUGAGGGACGGUGCAAAUAUUAACCGCUCACUUCUUGCUUUAGCUAACUGCAUCAACGCCCUUGGGAAGCAACAAAAGAAAGGACUAGCUUAUGUCCCGUAUCGGAACAGUAAAUUGACUCGACUCCUUAAAGAUGGGCUUAGCGGAAAUUCUCGUACAGUCAUGGUGGCAACAGUUUCCUGUGGUGCUGAUCAAUACCACCAUACAACCAACACUCUCAAAUACGCGGAUAGGGCGAAGGAGAUCAAGACUCAUAUUCAGGUUAAUACGGGCGAGGAACUACCACCUUUGAGUCAACCUGUUAGAUCUUCUGCCCCCAAUAUCAUAGCACGUCGCGUGAGGGAGAGAGGUGGUGCCAACUUUACAUCACCUCGGGGUUCGAGCUACAUUGAAGUCAAGGAUGCCAAUAAAAAUGUGGGAACUGUGGAUGCUCAUGUUGCUGACUAUCAACAAAUGAUUGACAAUCUCCAAGUGGAGGUUACACAAUUGAGGAUGGAGUUAGCUGACAAAGACACUCAAUUGAGCACUCGUUACCCAGAGAAAGAGAAGUCGGUGGAUGAUGAACUCUCAUGGCUGGAUGAACUGAGUCAUGAUAUCAACGAGAAUGUUGAAGAGAGGAUUAAUCUACAGAAAGCAUUAUUUGAACUGGAGGAUAUGAACCUUCAAAAUCGAGCAGAGCUUCAACAACUUGAUGAUGUCAUUGCCGAUCCGAGUUUACGUAGGAACGGAGAGAAGCACGAGAUACUUGUGGAGAGGCGACAAAUCGUGCUGGACAACAUUCGAGACAAUGAUGAAGCUGGCGCACAUUAUCGUGAGGAAAUUGAACACAAUGAGGCUCAACGUAAGGAACUUCAACGGCGCAUUGACGAGGCGAUUGAUAGCGAUCGAAACAAGACCUUUUUGCGCAUCCUUACCCAAUACAGACUUCUGGGCAUGACAAACAUGGAACUUCAGUUUCAAAUGGCUAUUAGAGAUCAGAUAAUACACGAUCAACGAGAAGCUUUGAGCAAUCUGUGGUUGGUUCUUGAAUGCUCAGGACUGAAUCAUGAUCAGAUAUUGGAAAUAGCAGCACAGCAAGGUAUUAUGAUUGAGGAGGGAAUUAUGCCUGUAGUGGCUGGCAGAACUCACAUACCGUCCACGCCUAUUCCCAUCUUGCAUAAGCAACCAAUUCUUAGUGCUAUCUCGGGAAGCAAAUCUCCUGCUUUACUUCCAUUUCAGAAUAGUGUGGAUACCACAUUCCAUGAAAUUGAUAAGUUUCAAAAUCAGCGCAGGCAUGAUAAUGCAGAGACUAGAAGUUCAUUAUCGAUCCCUGCUGACAACUUUAAGAGUACUUCAGAAACCAAUGGAGGGCAUUUAGAGGUCCCUGAUAGUCACCUUGGUAGUCAUGCUACUACUAUGUAUAGAGACUCUGCCGAUAUGUCUAGAUUUGAAGAAGGUAGCUUAGGUCACCCCAAUGGAGAUGUCAUCAGAUCAUUCUCUUCCAAGAAUCACUGUGGGCCUAGACCUCUAAUCGGUAAUAAUGAUAAUUUGGGAACCCUCAAUAGCACUAGUCAAGAACGUUCUCUUUUAGAGGACGCAAAUGGUGGUAUAACGUCAUUUGACUUCAUGGGACCCAAAGUUUUGACUCACUUUAGGUCUAGAAGGAGGCCGCGUUCAGUUGAAGGCAGGCAUCAACGUCAUUUGGCCCGUGAGGGUUACGACACCACAACUAGUAGUGAAGGAAGUGAAGCUGAUACUUUAAACAGCAGCCCCCACGAUUCUCAAGCCGGGCCCCGUGUCGAUAGAGUGAAGGAAGGUGCUCAACAGUCAUUGGAUCAGGAGUCUCUUUGGGUGGAAUUUGAGCGGCUAGAUAGUGAACUUCAGGGAAUGAAGCGAGGAGUUGGAUCGACCUCACCUUUUGAAACUAUACUAGGACCUAGUCAUUCACAGAGAUCCACAUCAGAUGCCGCUGUUAGUAACGAUGCCCCACUUAUAGGAUCUAGAGGCAUUGCCGCGGUGCCUGUUUCCAACUCCUCUAAAUCUUCUUUCAACAGUUGCUCGUCUCCCCUUCAAUUGCGUUCGAAGACCUCAGCUAUGAUCAGUAGUGAUAGUCGACAUAGUCAAUCACAAAACUACAAUCUGAGCUGGCGAUCUUCUAACGCUGGAUCAACUGACGAUGUUGGUCUGCAAGAGGUAGAUAUGACGAAAUUGACUGGAUCUGAUUUGAGCGACCAUAGCUCAGUGGUUAGCCGAAGAUCAACGGCUAGUACCAGGAGGAAACCCAGGUUUGGUUCUCUAUUUGGAACAAGACAAACGCAGCCGAGAGCUGUAGUGGAUUGGAAAUAACAGGGUUAUCGGUAUCUUUGAAUCUUAAUUUCUAAAAAGUUCAAAAAAAUAUUUUUGUAGUA